AUGCCCAAGAAGGGAGGAAAGAAGCACAACAAGAAGAAGGGAGCUGGCGGCGGCGGAGCUAAAGUCCCGGAUGUCAAGAACGUCAUAAGCCCCGGGCACAAAGCAGAGGACAAGCUCAUGUACGGUGAGGGAACCGCUGCCGAAGCGACAGCAGCAGAGGCCGCUCCGGCCGCAGCAAGCGGAUCUGCUGCUGCUGCUGCUGAAACUGCAACCGCUCCCAAGUCACAAGAGGCUUUGGCGCAAGAUAUCACCAAGACAGAACCGACCGCAGCAGUGCCAGGGAAGGAGGAGGAGCUACCAGUGCGCGAAAAGGACAUCGUUCCCACUGACGCGACCAAAGAACAACGCGGCGACGAGCGAACCAAGGCAUUGGCCGCUGCCGCACCCACGACUGCGCCCACCAGCUUGAAAAAGGAAGCCGAAGAGGACGUUGCAAAGGAGACCAAGAUUUCUGAACCUGAACCCGAACAUCCCACUACUUCUCGUUCUACAGAGCGUGCGGAUUUAGUGGCAGCUACAAAGGGCAAGGCUGAGCCAGUUGUUGCUCCUAUUAAUGCUGCCAUAGACGCUGUAUCUGAGGUUGCUAAGAAGGGCCAGAUUCCUACAGAGGAAACCACCGGUCUUGUCACAGCUGGAGGAGCUGCUGCAGUAGCUGCCACAGCAGCUGGCGCGGCAGUAUUAGCAGGAGAAAAGGCUGAAAAGGGUCGAACACAACCAGCUGAAUCAGCCUUGGGGAAAACGGAGGCGGCAAAGGAGGCGGCACACAUCAAACGUGCUCACGAAGUACCAGUUUUUGUUACUGAAGAACGGGAUCAACCGUCAAAGAAGCCGCGCGUCGAUGAAUCUGCCGGGACUCAGCCGAACUUGGCGAUCCCCGGGCGUUUCCCAACUCCUUCAAUAGCUGACUCGGCGGCAUCUGGAGCAGACAGCGCCAUUGCUUCGGAGGCUCGGGAUAUAAGCAAAGGAGAGGCAGUCACAGCGAAACCCAAGGUAUCCGACACUGCGGCGGCUACUACAUCCACUCAACAAACCGCAACCCAGGGCCCAACAGAGGCAGCAAUUGCUGCGCCAGCAGCCGUACCCGUCGCUACUAAAGAUAUCAAAGCAGAGGAAGUCGACACAACCGGCACUGGCGCUGGUGCUGGUACUGCAGUUUCUACCGAAUCACCAGCUGGAGAAGCCUCGACACAGAAAGAACCUGUUUUGCCCGUCACUCCUCAAAAAGCCGACACAACGGCCAAGCCAACUAGCCCGGCGGCAGCAGCAGCAGCUGCUGCUUUUCGGGGACACUCAGCAGAACAACAACAAAAACAACAGGCAGCCGCUGCUACCAAGGCUCCCGAGGAAGUGGCUCCCUCCGAGCAAGCACAACCAACACCUGCUCAAAAAGAGGCCAAAAAGGGAGGAUUUAUGGCCUGGAUCAAACGCAAGUUCAGGGGAGAAAAGUCAACCACUACUGCCAAUGCCAGCGACCAGUGA